AUGCUCCUGAAGUUUGUCUCCCUGCUGCUGGCCGCGGAGCUGCACCUCGCCCUGGCCCAGCCGCCGCCGCCGCCGCCUCCGGUGGCACCUGCCGACGACGAAGCGCCGCCGCCGCCCCCCGGCGCCCCGCGGCCGCCCCGGCCCGGCCCUGCCCCCGGACCUCCCCGCCGCCCCCCGCCGCCCCGCGGGGCCAGCGGCGUCGUGCGGCGCCUCGACCCGACCUACGCGGGGGGCGGCAAGGCGGGGUACGUCCUCUACGCCGGCGGGCAGCGCUUCCUCCUCGACCUGGAGCGCGACCCGGCGGCGGCGGCGGCGGCCGGCGGGCCGGCGCGCUGCUACUACCGCGGCACGGUGGACGGCAGCCCCCGCUCGCUGGCCGUCUUCAACCUCUGCGGCGGGCUCGACGGCUACUUCGCCGUGCGCCGCGCCCGCUACACCGUGCGGCCGGCGCGGCCGCGCCGCUCCGCGCCCGCGCCCGUCCCCCCGCGCAUCUACGGCGAGGGCCCGGACCGCGCCCCGCACCUCUUCCGCCGCCACCGCUUCAGCUUCGAGACGGUGCCGGCGCGGCCCAGCUGCGGCACCCGCGACCCGGCGCGGCCCCAGGCGGCGGCGGCGGCGCGGGGCGGCCCGUCGGAGCGGCGGCGGCGGCGGCGGCGGCGCUCGGUCUCGCGGGCCCGGCAGGUGGAGCUGCUGCUGGUGGCCGACGCCUCCAUGGGGCGGCAGUACGGCAAGGGGCUGCAGCACUACCUGCUCACGCUGGCCACCAUCGCCUCGCGGCUCUACGCCCACGCCAGCCUGGAGAACCACGUGCGGCUGGCCGUGGUGAAGGUGGUGGCGCUGGGCGAGAAGGACAAGGGGCUGGAGGUCACCAGGAACGCCGCCGCCACCCUCAAGAACUUUUGCAAGUGGCAGCACCAGCACAACCGCCUUGACGAUGACCACGACGAGCACUACGACGCCGCCAUCCUCUUCACCCGUGAGGAUUUAUGUGGGCAUCAUUCAUGUGAUACUCUGGGAAUGGCAGACGUUGGGACCAUAUGCUCUCCUGAGCGCAGCUGUGCAGUGAUUGAAGAUGACGGCCUCCAUGCAGCUUUUACAGUGGCUCACGAAAUUGGACACUUGCUUGGACUUUCCCAUGACGACUCCAAAUUUUGUGAGGAGAAUUUUGGCUCCAUGGAAGACAGGCGCUUGAUGUCCUCCAUUCUCACUAGCAUUGAUGCUUCCAAACCCUGGUCAAAAUGCACUUCAGCCACUAUAACAGAAUUUUUCGAUGAUGGUCAUGGCAACUGUUUGCUGGACCAACCAAGAAAGCAGAUCUUGGGCCCCGAGGAGCUUCCAGGACAAACUUACGAUGCCAUUCGUCAGUGCAAACUGGCAUUCGGACCCGAAUACACCGUGUGUCCUGGUAUGGAUGUGUGCUCUCGCCUGUGGUGUGCAGUUGUUCGCCAGGGUCAGAUGGUCUGUCUCACUAAGAAGCUGCCUGCUGUGGAGGGGACACCAUGUGGAAAAGGGAGGAUCUGCCUCCAGGGAAAAUGUGUUGACAAAACCAAGAAGAAAUAUUACUCGGCUUCAAACCAUGGUAACUGGGGGUCCUGGGGACCUUGGGGACAAUGUUCCCGUACCUGUGGUGGAGGAGUUCAGUUUGCUUAUCGUCACUGCAACAACCCAGCUCCCAGAAACAACGGCAGGUACUGCACUGGCAAAAGGGCCAUCUAUCGCUCCUGCAACAUCACACCUUGUCCAGCAAAUGCUAAGUCUUUUCGACAAGAGCAAUGUGAAGCAAGGAAUGGCUAUCAGUCUGAUGCAAAGGGUGUCAAAACAUUUGUUGAAUGGGUCCCCAAGUACGCUGGAGUACUUCCUGGAGAUGUCUGCAAGCUCACCUGCCGAGCCAAAGGAACUGGCUAUUAUGUGGUAUUUUCUCAAAAGGUAACUGAUGGAACUGAAUGCAGGCCGUACAGUAAUUCAGUCUGUGUCCGGGGAAAAUGCAUCCGAACGGGCUGUGAUGGCAUCAUCGGUUCAAAGCUCCAAUAUGAUAAGUGUGGUGUUUGUGGAGGAGACAAUUCCAGCUGCACAAAAGUCAUGGGAACCUUUACCAAAAAGAGUAAGGGCUACACAGACAUAGUGAAAAUCCCAGAAGGGGCAACUCACAUCAAAGUUCGACAGUUCAAGAUUAAGGACCAGAGCAGGUUCACUGCCUACCUGGCCCUGAAAAAGAAAAAUGGUGAGUACCUUGUAAAUGGAAAAUAUAUGAUCUCCACUUCAGAAACAAUCAUUGACAUCAAUGGGACUGUCAUGAACUAUAGCGGCUGGAGUCACAAAGACGAUUUCUUGCAUGCAAUGGGACAUUCUGCCACAAAAGAGAUUCUUAUUGUGCAGAUACUUGCAACUGAUCCAACUCAACCAGUGGAUGUCCGUUAUAGUUUCUUUGUGCCAAAGAAGCAAGGGCAAAUGACUAACUCUGUCACCAGCAAUAGCAGCACCAACAAAGUAACUCCACAGCUCAUGCAGCCGCGGUGGGUUACUGGACCAUGGCUUUCUUGUUCUCGAACAUGCGACACAGGAUGGCACACCAGGACUGUCCAAUGCAAAGACGGGCAUGGAAAAUUAGCUAAAGGAUGUCUCCUGUCACAGAGACCAUCAGCAUUUAAACAGUGCUUGCUAAAAAAGUGUUAACCUGUGGUUGUGAUCUUCUUUAAAAGAGGUUUGAUUAAGCCAUUGUUGACAUACUGGUAUUAGGUCUGCCCAGUCAGAGAGAAGCCAAGGCUUCAAUGUACUUACAUACAGUCUCAAAUUAUGGGCAGAAUCUGCCUAUUUGGACCAAAUGAAGAUGUGCACUGCUUUAAAUAAUAGUAGGGUGAUCUUGAUAUGUCAAAAAACUAAGCAUUAAAGUUACAAGCCCUCAGUGUCUGCAAAAAUAUAAAGCAAAGAAAAAAAAGAAGAAAAACUAAUGAAUGGAGGAUCCUGGGAUAUUUGAAGGUUACAGAAUCAUCUCCCCUUUUUCACCUACCUCUAAUACAGUAUGUCUUUAGAAAGCGCCACACGUAUCCAUGAUACCACAGUAGCUUAUUUUAUACUGUUUUGUAAAUAUCUUUCAUUUGGUAUGUCACUUUAUAUCACUGGUUCUAUUAAAAAAAUCAAAAAACAAACUAUAUAAGCAAAAUGAUUGACCAAAGUAUAUCUGCAGCCAUUGGACUUGGUCCGUUCUUCAGAAAUGGCUGCAGAUGUUUUACUGGAAAAUGAAAAGCUUGCUGCUGUUUUUAAAAAGUAAUACUUUUUCUGGUUUUUGACAACAGGAAGUGCAUUUACAUUCUAGGAAUUUCCUGACAGCAGAUCAUAAUUCUAUGACAGUGUGUUUCCACCAAGAAAUUUUCAAAAGGAGCAUUGCAACACCUCUGGGCCAGGGAUCCCCGUGUGUACAUUGCUCAAAAAAACAGCACCAUCAGCAACUUCUCACUAUGUGUACGUCAGACAUACACAGGAGAAGGCUUUUGGCUGCUUGGAAGGAAUUUGUUUACACGUUGUUCGUGUAAACCUUUAACGUCUUUCUGGGCAUGUCACAGCUUGGGGACCUUGUUGUAGAUGAGCAAUAGCUGCUAGCUCCUUCUUUCCACAGAACAAAGGCAUACUGUAUUUUGUAGAAACAAGUUAGAGAACCAAAAAUUACAGAUAAGAUAACCAAGUGUCUUCUAACUCAGAUAUUCUGAGACUGUGUUCAACUGCUUUCUCUGUUAUUUUCUCUAUGGCUUCCACCUUGAAUCUAACAGUGUAUAAUCCACCUCCAUCUUUUGAAGAGGCUAUAAAGGUCAAAAAACACAGCAAGCGGUUAAUAUUCUGUCACUGUUUUGUCCAUCAUGUCAACAUGGUAUUCAUCUUACCAGCAGCUGUUUGUAACUAUUUGUCUUUCAGGAGUCUUUUUGUUUGUUUGUUUUUGUUUUUUUGUUUUUUUAAGCUGUAGAAGUCAUUCAUGUUUUGUAUAUCUACCACAUACGGGAGGACCAGGGGUCGCUAGGAAGUCAAACCACAUCAGGAUGUGGAGGACUUACCCAAUAUCAAUAAGACUGUUUCCACAGUACAGGCAGUAGCUGGGAACAAUUUUUUUUGGCAGCAACUUCUGAAUCCCAUUAUUGCUGGUGGAAGAUCAGUCACUGAGGAAGGGCAACUUACCAUAUUCAGGUAACAGGUGGAAGCCUGAUAGGAACCCUACCAAAACUGCUUCCUCUUAUUUCAGCAGGUUUUGAAUUAAGCCCUAGAAUAACAGGUAUUGAAAAAAAAUGUGUAUAACAUGCUGCUGAAAAUACAAACCUGUAUUUUAUUCCCCAGAUCAUCCACGUAUGAGAAUAUGAGGCUGUAGGAGGAUUUUCAGAUAAACCUCGCAGCUGCAAGUCAGGGGUACAUGAGCACUGAACAUCCCCAAGGUCUUUACAAAAAUCUCAGUUAUGUAGUCAGUAAAGAACUUGUUGGUUUUGUGUAGCAAAAAAGGGCAGAUUUCACUCCAGGCUGACACAAACAUGUUUUUGCAAGUGUGGUGUGUUUGUAUGAACUCUAGAAAGCAUGUGAUGAUUUCAAAAUAGCAGAGCAUUGCUACAUCUUCAAGGGUGAAACCUGGAGAAGUAUCUAUUUUUGUACUCUAUUCUAAGCAAACAAUAAUAGGGUCAGGCCCUCCUAGUUUGUCAAAAUGAAUUACGAAGGAAUGUUACUAUUGAUCUUUAGAUUACACAAACAGUAUGCCUUCUUGUCAGCUGUAGACCUAUGCAAAACUGUGGAUCUUGAGGAAGUUUCCCCGGUUAGUCACUGAUCACACCCUUGCAACUCAGAUAAGGCUCUGGAUAUUUGCAGAGUUUCAAAAAGUUAGAAUUUUUCCCUUCUCUGCCUAUUAACAUAGGUGUCUUAUUGUUAGUGUCUUAUUUUCCUUCCCAGCAAUCUGAUUUUUAUACUUAAAUAUAUAUUACACAUGUUCUUAAACCUCUCAAAAUUUCAUAGCACAGAGAACCAUCAUGAGAGGAAAAAUAAGGACAUUUAAUGUUUACUCAUAGACUUAACAUUUGUCUGAGCAUAUAACUGCUGUAUUAAGUGGCAUUUAUUUUACCUACAUUUUAGCAUUCUAGAGACAAAAUGUGCAAGUAUUUGCGUUUGCAUCAUAGUUAUAAUUUAUUAUGUAUUCAACAGGAUGAGUAAAGUUUUUGGAUGUAAUUCAGGCUCCAGAAGAUUAAUACCAUAAACGGGUAUAAAUUUAAAGCUUUCUUAGGUGAAGAGUAUCUUUUUCAUAGAAAGUUUAUUUAUAAGAAGUAAAGAAAUAUGAAAAUAAACCACUACAGUGAUUUUUUUUCCCCUUUUCACCAAUGCGGUUAUGGAGCACAUUAACAUGAGUACAAAGAAGUUUAUAUGGUAAAAGGGCAAAAGGGGCAGAGCAACAAAAGCAACCAUAAAAGUAGACAGUAAAUUAAGCCAGUGUGCUCUAUUUUACACUUGCUAUUUAGCUGUUUUCUGUAAAAAAAAAAAGAAAAAAAAAAAAAAGAACUCUAAUUCCAAGCCCGGUCAUUCAGAGCUGUUUUGUGUAACUGCUGAAUGAAAAGUUAGUGCACGGUGUGCAACUUUGUCCUUGCAGCUUGUGUUCUGAAGUCGAUGCCUCGUUACUGUAACGUCACUGUUUACUUUAGCACCACGGGUUGCCAAACAGGAUUCAUAAAAUGCUUCUAGGGGAUAGCAACACUAUUCAAGCAGCCCGCAGGAUUGCUCUUUGCAUGGAAGUAAAUCACCAGCAGUGUUAGAUUCACUGCUUGAUGCUUUGAGAGGCAUCUCCAAUGCCUUGAGUGGAGUCGGACCCACUAGCGUUAGUGUUUUGUAGAGCAUCUGCCGCUCAGAUCAGGUGUUCUUGUUCAGAGAAGCCUAUCAUCUUUGGUUUGGCUGUAGAAAAGCUAUUAAAUUUAGCUGCCCUCCUGUGGAAACAGUUUUAUCACAAGGGGGGAGAGGGAGUAAUCUUGUGGAUUGAUCACAAAUGUUAAAAAAAAAAAAAAAAAAAAAAAAAAAAAGCAA